UUCUUGUGAAACGCUCUGAAAAAGAAAUGUAUCAUCCGAAAACACACAAAACACCUCUCAUUUGCGAUGCUAUAAAAGCGAAAGGAUUCACCAAAUCGGCAUCAUUUGCUUGAUAAAACGCCACAGAAUGAAACUGCUUGUCUUCACCGCGUUGGUGUGCGCCGCCGCCGCAGCUGGGCGCUUGGAUAACAAUUACGUGCAAGGGCAAGUCCGCACCGGCCCCACGCCGCCGCCCCCGGCCAUCCUCAGACUCAACAACGACAAUAGGGGCGACGGCCGCUACAAGUUCGAUUUCGAGACUGAGAACCAGAUCACCCAGCAGGAAAUCGGUGAAGUGAAAAAUCCAGGAACCGACCAGGAAUUUAACGUAAUCCAGGGCUCUUACUCCUACACCGGCCCUGAUGGAGUGAUUUACACCGUGAAUUACAUUGCGGAUGAGAAUGGGUUUAGAGCUUCGGGGGAUCACAUACCGACUGCGGCGCCAGUUCCUGCUGAAAUUGCUGAAGCCGUGCAGCAAAAUGCUGCUGAAGAAGCGCAAGGACACGUUGAUGACGGCCAAUACAGACCUGAACCGGAACAAGAGCCACCACGGGGCUUCAAAGCACAAAAUAAUUACAAGCGUUAUUAAGUUUUAAGUUAGAUAGAUAUUUAUUGACACAAUAAAGUCUCCAAAGAUGUACACGAAA